UAUAUAUAUAUAUAUACACACACACACACACACUCACACUCGCUCACUUCGUGGACGACUAUGAAGCUCAAUCUUUUCGGAAUAUAAAAGCUGAUCCCGAGGAGUUUGGCUACGCUUUGCUAAACCAGGGCUCGUUUGCAGUGCUGCUGGGAAAUUUGUGUAUUUUAAAAGCAAGGGAGAAGCCAUCGCAGAGCACAUGAUGAUGCCCAUGAGCCACGGCCAGGCGAACGGCAACCUGCAUGGCUACCGAAUGGGCAUGAACGGCCAGCAACAUGCUCCCCAGCCCGGCCUAAGAGCCAUGCCCAAUGGACAGAUGAUGCAUUAUGGGCAUCAGGGUGCCAUGCAGCGGCCCAACAUGGUGAUGAAUGGGCAGAUGAAUGGAGGCGCGAUGGGUCAUCACCAAAUGCAGUCAUCCAACAUGAUGUACAACAACCAGGGUCAGCAGCAUCAACAGCAUCAUAUUCACCAGCAGCACCAUCAAGGACAACAGCAGCAACAACAGCAGCAGCAGCAGCAGUACAUGUCCGGAGGCCUCAACUCCCAGCAACUCAUGGCCAGCAUGCACCUGCAGAAACUGAACACCCAGUACCACGGGCACCCACUCGGUGCUACGAAUGGGCACCAUGUGCCAAACGGAGCUCAGUUUCGCAUGGGUCCGACUCAGCUGGCCAACGUGCAGCACAUGGGUGGUCCUGCACUGGGCCUCAGCGGCAUGGAUGCUGACCUGAUUGAUGAAGAGGUUCUCACAGCGUUAGUCAUGGAGCUGGGACUGGAUAGAGUGCAGGAGCUGCCAGAACUAUUUCUGGGACAGAACGAGUUUGAUUUCCUACCAGACUUUGUCAGCAAACAGCAGCCCAGCACUGUCAGCUGCUGAGGCGUAUAGGAUGAGACACUGAAAGGGUGAACGAUGCAGUAAGAGGUGAUAAUUACCCUGUUCGUAGUCUUGGAGAGAACUGUCUCUGCAAAGUAGAGAAGAACGGGCAGAUGUUUCUCUGGUUCACUACUGGCAAGAGUGGUGGAGCUCCAGCCAGAGCUGUAUCCCUUUUGGGAUGGGGUAGUAAAUAAUACUCUUGCCCUUCCAGACAUGAAUGUAACAGCAUUGCUGAACUAUGAGCUUGGUGCAGUGUGAAGCGCUCCUAGUUUUCCUAGCAGUUUUGCAUUCACAUGUAACUUAUUUAUGUUCACUCAGUACCAACGUAGAUUGCAAAGCUUUGCUGAGGAAGUUCUGUGCAGGAUGUUGUGUUGCAGUUUUGAUUGGGGGAUGGGGUUUGGGUUUCUAAAAUGUGUAACUUCAGGCUCUGUAGUCUUAUGGUUUGGUGUUGAACUGGGAGGUUCUUAUUUGUAAUGAACUGGUCACCAACAGUAUUAACUGGAUUGAUCAGCUAUAUAUGUGCUCCAUUAGAUGUACCAAGCAAACCCAUAUAGAUAUAUUCCAGUAUCUACUGUGGAUUUUGCCAUCAUAAAUGUAGAACUGCCUUAAACAACACAGUUUUUAUUUAUUUGUUUCAUUGACCUUUUGAGGGUAAGAGGGGUUAAACAUUUGGCUUUGCUCCUUUUGUUAAUAAAGAUGGCCAAGCUUUAUCUGUGGCCUAAUUUUAUGUUCUUCUCUGAAUUUACUGGAAUAACAGAGAAUGCUGCUGAAAUCAAUAAAUAGGCCAUGAGUUUC